AUGGUGAAACAAAACGAAGAGCUUUAUGAAAUCGAGAAGAUCCUCGAACAUAGUGUGGAGCCAGAAGGAGUUUUAUAUAGGAUCAAAUGGAAGGGCUACAGUUUGAAAGAAUCCACAUGGGAGCCAGAAAGGAGUCUGACGGUAAGGAUAAAUUUUUCGCCCAUGAAAUCGGUAUGCAAAACUAAAACAUGCCCCGACUUCCACACGAUUUUUUUAUUUUUUUGUAUGAUGCAAUUUUAUACUAACAAUAAACUGAGUAAUUUUAGUCAUGCCCAAAGAUUUUGGCUGCUUAUAAGAAGAAGAAUAAAUUGGAUGGAGAAAGGACCAUUAAGAAAACAAGAAGGCCAAAAAGAAAGCCAGUGACACAGAACGAACCGAAGGAACCCAUCGAUGAAAACGCCCCCAAGCCAUUCAAAGAGCGAUGCAAAGCCGUGAUGGCGAAUUUGAGCGCCCUAAACCAGGAAAUGUUAAGAGAUUUGCUUGGAGAUCAGGCAGAUUAUUUGUUGGAACAAGGACCAGUGGAAAAUUUUGAGAGUGAAAAUUCGAGUGAUUCCACGGAGACCUACGAAAAUCGAACAUCUUCAAGUGGUAGUUGAAAAUUUGCUUUUACAAAAAAAGCUUCAAUGUGAAAAUUCCCCUGCGCAAACUAGGAACCAUACAUAUGAGUUGGAAAAUUUCAUCUAAAGUUGUGUUAAAAUCUGAGGGUCGAAUUUGAAGCAAUUAUGAUUGAUAGUUUAUAGGACGUUUAUUUUAAAAGUUGUAAUAUUGUUUGUAAUAACCCUUCCUGGUUGCUGUUUCUCGUUACCUUAUAAUAAACUGGUUACUGAUGGUGAAAUUAUUAUUCUAGUAGGAGUAAUCUUUUGUCAUAUAUGAAAAUAUUAUCGAUGUUUUGUUUAGUUCUGGAAUGUCGCCCGCAUGAUUGUUUGACCCGCUCGUCUCGGUCUCAGUGAUCAGCGAACCCGUGCCCUGAGGCGAUACAUCCUCACGCGACUCGAGUCAUCCCUAUCCGUCUUCCUUGCAGGUACUUUUUACAGCGCGUGUGUCAUGUCCUUCCUAAUUUUAUGGUUCAAAUCGCUCGUUUAGUCGCUUAAUCGCCCGCUAUAAGAUAAUUUUUGUUUUAACGACAGACGCAAUUAGACGAUGCAAUCGUUUAACCAAACGUUUUUUUCCGCAGGCUGUUCGCAGCCCUCCAUUUGACCGCAACUAAGGCGCUUUCCGACAACGACUUUAUAAUACGACAACUACAAAAGGGCUUCGGCGGUUUCCAAAGCGCUGCAAAAAAAAGAGUGGCGCAGUAAACCGGCGUUUGAUUCAGUUGACGGUCAUGACCGUUUUUUCCCACUCCCCGUCACAGCGAGCGGCUCAUCCGCACACUGUAAAACACACAGUCAGAAGCUCACCGCAAACGCGUUCGAUGAUUGUUACGCGGGCGGCGAGCCGGCCGGCUAUGGGAAAGCCGCCCUCACGGAGUCGGCGCUGACUUCUGGAGCCGGAGAAGAAGUAAACAGCGAACAGUAA